ACCAAAGUUGCCUUUAAAUAUCUAAUGCUCAGCCCUUACUUCACAAACCCUCUUAAGUUUUCUGUUUCUUCUUCUUUCUUCUUCUCUCAUCUCUUCUCUCCGCUUCUCUCUGGUUCAGCAAAAAUGAUCUCCAAGUUCAGAAAGGCCUCCAAUUUGGUUGACCAUAAGCAGAGCUCAGUGGCUGUUGGAUUGAAAAUCCUUAUACAGAUCUCACAAGGGAACAAGUCAAAUAUCAUUGUGAAAUCUUCAUUAAGAUUGAGCCAGCCCAACCCUGAGUUCUCUUGCUUUCUCAAAACAUGUCACUUAUGCAACAAGGGAUUAAGCCUUGAGAAAGAGGUCUACAUGUACAGAGGUGAUCUAGGAUUUUGCAGCAUACAGUGCAGGAACAGACAGAUUGUGAUUGAUGAAAUGAGAGACUUAGAGUCUUCUACCAAGCAAAUGCUAGCAUCUUACAGGCGUGGUCAAAAUCGUUGCAGCAGCAAUACUAAGAGUCGGCUUAGUGUCUUGGAAGAUGUACAUCUACAGCAAGACCGAAUCCCACAGCACAGAAACAUAUUUGCACUUUAAAAAUUAAUUAGUCUCAUAAUAUAAAUAUAUAAUCUUUUUAAUUUUUCUAGCUUCCAUGAGUUAAAAAUUCCUAAGCGGGAAGAAAAACUUGAUGAAAUGAGCUGUUGGAAUGUAUAAUUAUUGUUGUAUAACAAGAUUAAAAAAAUUAUUAUAUCCCUUUCAAUUUUGAGAUAAGUAUCAAUUCACCUUCUUGC